CAGCAGUCUUUACCCAGCAUUCUAUGAUUUAUACCCGUGAGCUGUAUAAUAAUGUCUGACUCGGUUCUGAAUUCAUCCAGUAUCUACUAGGGAAAACCAAACAGUAAAUGCAGAAAGGUUGCUAGAAGCAUAGUGAUUUCAUAGUAAUUUCAGCUAAUAAUCCAGUGUUUUUGAACUAGAUCCAGUGUUGUUUGAUAACAUAAUAAUUGUAAAGGAAAGUGUAACACGUUUUGGUGCAAAGAUUACAAAAUGAGUAAAAUCAGAUGUAUUCGUCCAUUCAAAGACAUUCAGUGUUCGAAAGAGCUGCGAUAUCUCACGGAUGGUAUCAUCCAAAAACUGAAGUCAAUUGGAUUUUCCAAGGUAUCCACACUGAACACCAAGGAUUUUCGUAUUUGUUCGUCUUGCCGUCUACAUAUUGAUUCAAGAGCUCACCUCACCCAAAACGAAGAACAAAGCGUAGUCGGUGGCUCAAGGAUGCCAACUGUUCAGACCAUACCUGUUGUACCUGAUUCGCAAAGCUAUGAAAGUUUGGUCACGAUACCAUCAGCGUCAACGCUAAGCACAAUUCAAUCAAAUGAAGACUUCACGAUGCCUGUAGACGUCGAAAUAUUCAACCGAGGAAUAGCAGCUAUUCGUGUUUCGCCUAUAGAUUUAGGUAAGGUUAAAAAUGUUCACUAUCCUGAUAAAAAGUGCGCUGAAAUCGUCGAAGGUGUACGAAGAAAUCUUUUUAAAUUAGACGCUAAAACAGAAAAAGCAAACGAGUUUAAUGAAGUCAUAGAAAAUAUGAAAAUUAAAUUUUUAAAUUCAGCCACAAGGCAAGAAAAACUAUCAAUUUUAUCAUUGUUACCAAAAUCAUGGUCAGUACAAAAAAUUGUAGACGAAUUUAAAACUAGUAGAAAUAUGGCAACAGAUGCAAGAAAGGAAAAAAAUAAUGUAUUAGAUUCAUCUCAAGGUUCAAGCUCUGGAAAAGCUUUGAGUAAUGAAAUAAAAGAACUGGUUUUGAAUUUUUUUGAGGACGAUGAUAUAAGCCGUGCAAUGCCAGGCCAAAGAGAUUUUGUUAGCGUAAAGACAGGAAAUAAGAGAUUAGCUGUUCAGAAAAGAUUGUUAAUGAUGACAUUAAGAGAAGCUUUUAAUCGCUUUAAUGAAGUGUACGUCAAUGUAAAAAUAGGGUUUUCAUCAUUUGCAAGCCUCCGGCCAAGGCAAUGUAAACUAUUGACUAUCACAGGAACACAUAAUGUUUGCGUUUGCACUACGCAUGAAAAUGUCAAUUUAAUUCUACAUAGCUUAAAAAAAAUACAAUGUCUUGAAUGAUCUAAAAACAUUAACGAAUAGAUUACUUUGCGAAAAUAAGACAACUCAUUGCCAUCUACGAAGAUGUAAAAACUGCCCAGAUACCUCAGUUUUAGAAGACAGUUUAUUGAAACUGGAAGAAAACUUUGUUGAAAAGCUUUCAUUCGAACAAUGGGUUACCACUGACAGAUGUGAUUUAGAAACUAUUGUAAAGCAAACCGAUGACUUUGUUACAUUUUUCAGCUCAAAAUUAGAAAGUUUGAUUCCGCAUGAUUUUGUAAAAACCGAACAAUCCAAUUUUUUGAAAACUACAAAACAAAACUUGCAAGAUGGUGAAUUUUUGGCUAUUUGUGACUUUUCUGAAAAUUACAGCUUUGUUUUGCAGGAUGAAGUUCAAUCACACCAUUGGAACGUGCAACAGGCCACAAUCCAUCCUUUC